AUGGCGAAAGGCACGGCAAAUUCUGCUGCGCAGAAUGCGCAGAAUGUGCCAAACAAGCAUUUACACCAAAGAAUUUCAUUUCUUUAUCAGGCAGCGGCAUAUAUUGCGAGCCAACCAUACCAUAAACCCUCGACUACGGUGACGGAAACACCAAGGCAAUCAAAUAGCCACAAUAUUAGUACAGCGGACUCUGACACAAUGCAAAUUGACACUUCUGGGCUCGAGAAAUCGACAUCUAAGCAAGAACAAGACGGUUCUCAUAAAAUUUCGGACGAAAACCCUUCUGGUGCCUCUACAUCAUCAUUAUAUUGUUCCCAUCACUCUCGGCGCCUCAUCUCCCAGCUUCGCGGCGUUUCUCUUAAAUCUCAAAUCCGACUCUCCCCUGAGCUAAAACGUUCGAUAUGUCGGCGUUGUGAUACGCUGUUAAUUCCGGGCUCCACAUCCACGACACGGCUUGAGAACCACAGUCGUGGCGGAAAGAAACCUUGGGCGGACUUGCUCGUGGUCGAGUGCAAGGCUUGUGGGUCAGUGAAGCGUUUCCCGGUUGGAGCGCAAAAGCAAAAAAGGCGGUCGGAGAGGCAAGACAAGCAAGACUUGCAUGCCGCACCUGACCAGGAUACAAACCCGCCUGCAGCAACCUCAUAA